AUGUGGGGGGACCGGGGCGGCCGCGGCAGGAGCAGCGCCAGCGACCAGGGCGCGCAGCAGCGUCCGCUCGCCCGCCUGUGCUGACCUGCCUCUCGCGCCCCCAGAGAAUGUCAGCCAAGUCCAAGGGGACCCCCGCCUCGUCCUCUCCAGCCGAGGGGCCGCCGGCAGCCUCCACGACCAAGGUGAAGGAGCAGAUCAAGAUAAUCGUGGAGGAUCUGGAAUUGGUCCUGGGGGACCUGAAGGACGUGGCCAAAGAACUUAAGGAGGUGGUUGACCAGAUUGAUACCUUGACCUCUGACCUACAGCUGGAGGAUGAGAUGACGGACAGCUCCAAAACGGACACGCUCAACAGCAGCUCCAGCGGCACCACGGCCUCCAGCAUAGAGAAGAUCAAAGUGCAGGCCAACGCGCCGCUCAUUAGGCCCCCAGCACAGCCCUCGGCCAUCCUCACGGUCCUGAGAAAGCCCAACCCUCCACCGCCUCCUCCUAGGUUGACACCUGUGAAGUGCGAGGAGCCCCCGAGGGCGUUGCCCACUGUGAACCCUGUGAAGACCAACGGCACCCUGCUCAGAAACGGAGGCUUGCCAGGGGGACCCAACCGAAUUCCAAAUGGAGAUAUCUGCUGCGUACCCACCAGUAACCUGGACAAGGCCCCUGGGCAGCCUCUGACGCACAGACCUGAAAAAGACAGGUGUCCCCAGGCAGGGCCUCGGGAACGAGUCCGGUUUAAUGAGAAAGUGCAGUACCAUGGCUACUGCCCUGACUGUGACACCCGGUACAAUAGAAAACACAGGGAGGUCCACGCACACGGCGAACCUGUCCACCUGCCAGGGAAGGGCCUGCACCAAGGCCGGCCCCUCCCUCCUCCACCCCACAUCCCUCCUUUCCCGCUAGAAAACGGGGGCCUGGGAAUAAGCCACAGUAACAGCUUCCCCCCUCUGAGACCUGCAACUGUGCCUCCUCCCACUGCACCAAAACCACAGAAGACGAUCUUGAGAAAGUCAACCACUACCACAGUGUGAUGUAUGCCAUUUAAAAAAAAAAGAAAAAAAAAACUUUUGUUUUUUUUAUUUUCUGUUAUAAACAUAAAAUGAUAAAUAAUGAGCACUUUCUACUCAAGCAAUAAAAAGCCCAAAUAUAUUAAUCCUGCAUUCAGCAAAGUGGCAUAAAAAUCACCUGGUAAGUAUGUAGUACAUUGCUUCUAUCCUGGGUAUACAUUGUUCUGGAUGUCGAAUCAUCAAAAAUUGCAGAAUAAGGAAAAAGGAAACCCGAAUGCACUGUUCUUGUGAUUGACCUUUGACAAACUGUGGCCUGCAGAUUUAAAAAUUUUUGAUGCACUGCAAGAGAUGGGAUCUGAUUCAUUUUAUUCAUGCCCAACUCAUCUAUGCAUUAAAAUCACAUCACACUCUUAACUUUGGUCCAAAGUUUUUUAAUAAGAAGUUUUAAUAUGGAAGGACUAUUUUACUAUUUUAUUCCUAGAGAUGUUUGUCACUAGUUUUGCAUUAUUAAAUGCUGAGGAUAAUACAAAGAGAUUAUUUUCUAUACUAUACAGUUAUGAAUUCUAUGUUCAGCUAUAUGUGUAAUAAAAUAUUUUGGUCUAUGGAAAUAUCAUUAUGUCAAUAAACAGUAGGAGUUAAUGGUGAUACCAAAGGUUCCUCAGAAUUAGAAUCUAUUUUGUGGUUCAUUGAAUGCAGUGUUAAUGUUCAUCAGAAUGGGAAGCAACUGCGACAGGAGCCGGAAUCACAGUGAGUCUGUGGUAGAGCUUUCUGCAUUAAAUAUCAUAUUCCACGCUUUCAAUGGAAUUUUGCACAUUUGCAUGUUAUGUCCUCCAUUGCAACACUUCCAGAAGCGUCUGUGUAUUCCUCCCUCCCAUGUUGCCCUGCAGACCCUCCCCACACUUGUAGGUUUCCAGGAUACACCACACCCCUUACAUCACUGGGACUGUGAGAUACUUUGUCUCUUGGAUCAGCAAGCUCUCUGCCUCCCUGGAUAGCCCACCUUUACAGGAGAAUAGCAGAGGGAAAAUAGCGAUACUUCAGUAUCAGCCUUAAGCAUCUCCCCAACCCCAUAGUUGAAAUAUGCCAGAGUCCCUUGUUGGUCCAUAGAAGAAAGAGUGGGAGCCCUUUCUACCAGAUGUCAAAUCAAAGUCCUCUUCGGUUUCAUUUGUCAGUUAAGAAAACUUACCCACUCCUGGGCCAAGUGCAGUUCCUCACUAUAUUGAUUUGAACUGAAAUUUUUUGCCCUGAAACAUUUUCUUGGGAAUGAGUUCAUUCAUCUCCCCUGGAUUUCUGAUGAAACAGGUGCCUGGAUAAGUUUGGUACAUUAAGUGGGAAGGGUAGAGGGGUUCUGUUUAGGAGAAAUGUGUUUACUGUGCAACUUGAUAAAGGGUACAGCAACCUUUUUGGAUGUUUGACUUUUGAUACCAAAACUUAAAAUUUUACUAUUUUACUGCUGCAAAGGGUGUUGGCAGUCUUUAUGGUUUAUUCUUUGGCUUUCUCGGGCUCUAUACCAUGGUAAUUUGGAAUAAAGUUUUAAACAACUUUCUAUUUAUAUUAAUGUAUUUUAGGCAAAAUACAGAGAGAAAAUAGGGUUUAUUUUUUAAAGGAACAGUUAAAUGAGUGAAAACCAGAGAAUGUUAUGUUAAACGUUGACUCUCCCUGCUUUUGUUCUUUACGGGUUGGAUAUGAAGACAAUAUAAACAGAAUAAUUCAACUUUUCAGAGUGUUACAAAACAUACGGACAAUCAUCAAGAAAUGCCAUAUUCUAAAAUUUAUUAACUGUACUUUCAGUAUGUUUAACAGACAUGGGCCAGGUAUAUAAAUAAUAAAUAAAUAAUGGACUUAUUGAA